GAAUCACGGGAAAUUGAAAUAUUAAAGAGUUAAAUCAACAUUAAAGAAGAAUUAUGAAGAACUAUUCAAGAAAUUUAAUUACUUCUGUUCUUCUAUUCAGCUUUGUUGUUAUGCUUUUAAUUAUUCCAUCAAAAUGUGAAGCCAUUAGCAAUGAUAUGCAACCAUUGGAAGCACGAGCUGCUGAUUUAGUCCAGCAACCCAGAAACAUUAUUGAUGUUCCUCCUAGAUGUCCUCCAGGUUCUAAAUUGAUUAAGAACAGAUGUAGAGUCAUAGUGCCUUAAACUUGCAUGAACUUGGAAGAAGUAUAUUCAAAAAAUAAAAUAUUUUAAAUUGAUAUUUUAAAUUGAAGAGUUGCAUGAAUUAAAAAUAAUUAUUAUUAAAUAAAUAUAUAUAUAUACAUAUAAAUAUGGGAUUCAGAUUCUUAUAAAUAGAAUUUCUUAUUAAAUACAAAGAAAUUUAUAAUAAUUGUAAAAAAUGUGUGUAAAAAAUAUGAUGAUAAAUAAAUAAAAAAAAAUUUAAA